AAUUCUAGCUUUGUUCGAGUAGCGGAACAGUGCAGAACUGAAAAUACUUUCUCACUCUGGAAUUCACAGAAAAAUGACAACUCAAAUUAAAGAUAAAGAAGCUUUUCAGCGACUGAGCUUUCUAUACCAGGCUGCACAUUGUGUUUUGGCUCAAAACCCAGAGAAUGUCGAGCUGGCUAGAUUUUACUGUCACACUCAAAGAAUGAUUGGCAGAAGAUUGGUGUUGAGACAGGACCCAUCUAUCAAAAGAACUAUUUGUAAAAAAUGCAGCUCUCUGCUUAUAUCUGGUGUGACUUCAACAGUGCGACAAAAAAAACUUCGUGGGCAACGGAAAACUGUUGUAAGAUGCUUAUCUUGCGGACUUACUAAGCGUUUCGUUAGUAACCCAAAUUACAAGCUAUGGUGUGAGCAGCCAGAGGCGCUACUGGAAAACCAGCCCAAAACAGAUCAAGACAAAAAGCCUGAACAUAAAAAGGAUCUUUCAAAAGUAAAGGGAUCUUCAGCCACACGUGCAGAUGAAAAGAAGCAAACUUCAUAAUCUACAGUGUUUGCACACAUGGAUAUUAUGCCACCACAGACUGAUAGGAAACCAAUCCUCUGAGGAAAAUUUAUGAGAAGGAAACUAAUACAGUUGUACAUUGCAAGGCAUCUGUGCCAAUAUUUUUUUUUAGUUAGGCUGCAGUGGAUUUAACACAAGACAGCAUGGUUGUGUAUGAAUUCAAACUUUUUUUUUUUUUAUAUUUAUAACUUUUGUUGGGGGCAGUGUUGUGUCAAAGAUAUUGUGAAUAAAACAAUUUGCUAAUUUGGAUAA